GGGGAAGCUGCGCUCGGCCCCGCCGGAACGGAGGGAGGGAGGGAAUGCUGCAGCCGGCCCUGCUCGGUUCCAUUCGCCCGCCAGAGCCUCAGGCUGCCCGGCAAUUGCUGCUGUUGUUGUAAGGACACUGGUGUGAACAUCAUAGUGAUAGGUGGGUCUUCAUAGCACUCCUGUUGGGAUGAGAAGCAGCUGUAACUCUACUUUCAACUUGAUCAUCACCAGAACAAACUCUACAAGAGAUGGAAGACACCGAGCCGUGGUAUUCUCAGAAGGUGUACACGAGAUACUGGAAGCACUAUAACUUAGCCAUGCGCUGGAUGCGGAGGCACCAGAAAGCCUACAGGAAAGCCAUGGAGUCCUUUUAUCACCUACCGUGGCAUCCUCCUGCAGCCUCUCCAAGUAGCCACUACUCAGACUGGGAUAGGAAUGAUCUCCCACAUACCCGAAACUAUUCUUCCCACUGUCGACCACAUGGCAGAGCUCUGUAUGGUGGGGGAGCUCAGCAGUGCACAGGUGCCCACCGAGGGAGGGAGGAUGCUGAAGAACUCUCUGAAAUGGAGGAGGAUGCUGAAAGAGACUCCAAAAUGGAAGAAGGCUCUGAGUCUGAAGGGGAGAUAGAGUAUGACUUGAGUAACAUGGAGAUCACAGAGGAGCUUCGCCAGUUUUUUGCAGAGACGGAGAGGCACCGGGAAGAGCUGCGGAGGCAGCAGCAGCUGGAAGCUGAGGACCCGUACGUGGAGGCUGAUCAAGACCUUCACAGGAGGACAGAGCGUUCUGUGGAGCCGCCUACGGAAAGACCUGGGGAGAGGCGAAUGGCAGAAAUGAAGAAACUAUAUGGUGCUGAUGCUGCCAAAAUCCAGGCAAUGGAGGCUGCCAUGCAGCUUAUCUUUGAUAGGAACUGUGACAAAAAGCAGCCCAAAUACUGGCCCAUUAUUCCCCUUAAGCUGUGAGUACCUGGACUGUGCUCUGACAUGGCACACAACUGUGCCUCAGUCAGGUUGUGCUGCUAAAAGAGCAAACUGCCAAUUUUGGUUUUGGGUAAGCUUUGGGGCAGAAUCUGGCAAGGACAGCAUGUGUGUCUUUGGCCUUUGUUUCUUUUACACUGUCUGUCAGCAAUGGUCACUGUCUGUUCAACCCACAUACAGUUGUCAAGUAGUAAUAGGAGGGAUGGGAAUAUCAAACCUGUCUUAAGUCAUGUGUUUACUCAUUUGAUACCCACCUGCCUUGACCAUGCUUGCAAGAAACAUCAAUGUCUAUACUCAGUGAACUGGGAAAACUUAAAAUUAUGCAAAUAAGAAAAAAACCAUAGGAAUUGUCUGCUCUUACUGUUUAGGAAUUUGAGUGAUCCCAUUUUUUAGUCUUAACAUAGUAGCAUUUGGAUCCUGUUUCACAUAGCACAGCUUGAAGUGUUAUGUCUGCUAAUCUUGGAUUUUUUUUGAGAACCAGGAGCCUACUGGCCAAGAUACAACUUAUCAAAUUACCAUAGCCCAGACGUUUGAAUUCUUUUUCAAAGGUUUAUAAUAACGCAGGAAGUUUUUCUUCCAGACUGAUACUUGUCUGACAGAAGUUUGACUCCAAAGCAACAUUAUAUGGAAAAAUGUUUUAAUGAAGGGGAUGGGAGGGUGGGGCAGAAGUCUGAUGUGGUCCUGUCUGUUAGAGGUCUGUUUAGCAGAAGAGAAACUUAAGAGGACACAACAUUAUAGGGGACAGUGCAUGCAGUGAUUUUUGCUAUUCUAAUAAAAAGCAUCUGACAGGUUUGAAGCUUUACCGAAGGCUUAUUAUUUUGUUAGACUGCAUCUGAACAAGGUAUAUGGAGGUAUGAAAGACAGGUAGUCCUGCAGGCUAUGUCUGUUUUAGGUGCAGCUUUCCAAUGCCCACCUGCACAUGACAUGCACAAGACUUAAACACAAGCAGGUAGAUGUGCCUAUAUGUGUACUCCUCCAUCUGCACAGGAUGUUUGGUUCCAUUUCUGUCGCUCUCGACUUUUGGUCAGUUGUGUUUGCCCCACUAGUAGCUAACAAGGUGGAGUGAGGCACAAAAGUGGUCUGUGUAAGAGAGGCAGAACUGGCCCCUCAAAACCAGUGACUCCUUAAAAAAUGGUACCAUGAAUACUUCCAAGGACUCUCGGUGAAGCACUGCUGCUACAUCUCAUUGUGUGCUGAGGGGCUGUAGUUUGUCUCUCAGCGUUUCCAUGCCAGGGCAAAGGAACCUUCUGCUCAUUUAAUAGUGACAUAUUCAUCUGUCUUUCUGGCAGCAGAGGAAGGUCACAACUAAAAUUCUAGCUUCAGUUUAUUCCCAGUGUAUCCAGAGUAUCUCUGAGGCAUGUGUAGUUCAUAAUGCACACCAGCAGUUGCUGUGCCCUCUGCAGCAGCCAGCUGCAACAAAGCAAGUCUGCAAUGCAGUUUGAAAUAUCUUUGCAUUUACUAGUAGUUACUAUGUUUUUUCCAAGCAGCAUUUCCAUGUCAGUUCUACCUCUUUCACUUUGGUUCUGACAAGAUGAAGUUAAAUUGAACACUGAUGUUAAAAAGCCCCCAGUCUCCAAGACUUAUUACUGGUGUGAUUAGUCUGAAAAACUUCAGUGAGACAGGAGAGGGAAAAGGGUUAUUAACAGUCGUGCAUUUGUCUUCGCUCUUGUUUUUGGUGGGUUUUGUCAAAAAUUUGGUGUUUUGUUUAGGUUUCCUUUCAUUGACCAAAUAAAUUUUCUUCAUAACACUUUGUAAUUUACUUUUUUUUUGUAUAAACAAACUUCUAUGCUUAGGGCACUUCAGUUCUCAUAUGCUAAAGCUUUCUUUUAGCUGCUGCAUUGUUUAAGGAAGAUUGAACUUGGAGCAAGAACAGGUUUAGCAUAUGGAGAAGCACAAGGAGUGUUGACAGGAGUUUUCACAGGAGUGCCAGUCAGUAUCACAAAUGUAUGGUAUUGUACAAAAUGAAGGGGAAGGUUGCUGCAUCCACUGGGGGAAAACCCUGUCCCAGAUUAACAUACAUAAAUCUCUCUGUUCCUA